UCUCCCCCCUGUAGCUGGCUGCUACAGCUGCUGCCCAGCUCCAUCCUGCCCCACGCCUGUGGUCCUCAUGUCCUGGUCUCAGAGCUGGUCCCUGGACAAAGGUCCUUCCUCCAAAAGCUGAGUUCAAUGUGCAAUAGGAUUAAAGCCUCUACCACCUCUUAUUUUGGACUAUUUUUCUACCAGACCAAAUGUACCUCAUUCACCCUUCGUUGACCUUCCAGACCCACAUCUUUUGUUUGCAUCUCUUGCGCUUUGCCUGGACCUGGCACCCAUGACUCAGCACAGCGAGGUUUGGCCUCCAGCUAUCUUGCCCAUGGCAAGCAUGACUUUCCUGAACAAUUUGGACUCUGCCUUUGUAAAAAUUGCUGGAGUGGGUAAGUCAAGAGGCCAACAGACCACACUUCAUGGCUGGCCAGGCUCCAGGACAACGAGCUCAUCGAUGCACAACCAGCAACCACCUCGGGGGUGACUCAGUGCAGGCACCCUGAGCACCUUCAAAUUCAUGGUCAGCCCAUGGGGAUUCUGGUUUCACCUUCAAAACAUCAGUAUUUUGGGGGGGGGAACACUUGCUAAUAUUGUGCUUCCUGUAACAAAGGCUGAUGAAUUAAUUUAGCUACCGUCUCAGCUAAACACAUGGAGGCUUUUGCUCAUAUUCUCUGUGAAAAUGAAAGAGAUUUGAGUGAGCUCAAGUAAUAAAAAAAACGUGAACACCAUUAGCUGCUGAAUUCAUAUUGCAAAACAGAUGAAAAGCCUUCCUGCACUGCACACAGAAAGCGAAAGGCUCGUAAGCUGUUUAACAAGGUGUCGGGGAAGGGCCUGGGGCAGGCCAUGCUCAGGAAGAGACAUUUUUGUGCAUUUUUGCACAGUUUUUGGGUAAGGGAGUGAGCUGAAUCCUGAAAACAGGUUUUAAUACCUGAAAUGCUUUUAGCUUCUAGCAGAGCACGCACGAGCCAGUGCCAAGUACUCUUUAAAAUCUCAGCCUCGAUGUGUUGCUUCUGUUUACGUAGCUCGCUCCAAAGCUGCCAGCGAGCAGGAGAGCUGUGCUCCAAGCAGAGCUGGGGCCGGGGGCUCCCCUUCCAGGUGCACCAGACGUGGGCUCCUCACAUGCACUUUUCUGCACCACACGUUGGGAAAAGGGGUGCAGGGACCCCAGGGGGAAUUGAGCCUUGGUUCCCGCAUCCCUUGCUCAGCCCCUCAGCAUCACAGGGCUGGGAGCUGAGGUCCCUUUGUGCUAGACAGCAGCUGAAGGCGGGUUUCUGGAGCUCCAGAUGAGAUCCUGGGUGCCCGCUUCCCCCUGAAGCCUUAUUACAAGUCACUGGUCGGGUUUACUGCAACAAACGCCUCUCUCCAGGCAAUAUUCACCGGCGAUCCUUCAGGCACCCACAGGACACACUGCUCUGAUUGACACAGAUCAAAUCAUACCAAGGCUAUUAAACAGGGCUGGUUGAGUCGCGUUAUGUUGGGAGCUCCCCAUUAAAUGAAAUGUAUCAAAAGCGCUGAUAACCCUACAAACACGUGCAGAGAGCAAGAGCCCUUUGCUCAAAUCAUGCCGAAUGCAGUUUGUUUCUUUUUUGUUCCAAGAACUCCCCUGAAGCCAGGAAGGGCCCUGGAAACCCAAGAACAGCAGGACUGGUAAGCCCCGCGGAGCAGCUACCUUUGCAUUUAAGCCUCCAAACGCUGAUACAGCAGCACGUCCAUUUCAGCGAUGACUUCCAAAUAAACAGAGGGAGGAAACGAGUUUUAAGCACCACUUUGCUGCGUUUCAUUCGAUGUCAAAUUGGUUGUUUAGCUUUUGCCUGCAAGAGACUCCACCUCCUUUCAAAGUGCCCUUAAACCCCAGAGCAAAUCCAUCCCAGAACAGCUCCCGCCUCGGUGCCACUGCAGAGGGGUCGGAUACCUGACGCCGUGGAAAACCACCGCCUCGAAAAGGGAUUUCCAUUGGAUUGAGGUUACUUAUGGCUUGAUACUUCUAUUGUAUUUCCUUGGCCCUAAAAAUAAGGUAAACGAAGAGACUACUUGUCACUGACCAGGAAAACACCCCCUUUUUUUUUAGAAAAAAAAAAAAAAAAAAGGAAAAAGGACCUCAAGUGGGAAGAGUUAAUCUCUUGGUGUUGCUCUUCAAGCACACGUUAAAAUGCCAGGCAAGUUGGAGGCCCUUGCUAUCAAUCAUUUCCUCCUGGAACUGCAUCGCCUCACUUGGAAAACAGGAGGAGAGGACAUGAGACAUCGCAUCCCGGUGCCUUUUUAACAGCACUUAAGUCACACGCAUGGGGAUUCAUAACACCAGCACUUACCGCAGGAAAAUGAGCAGAUGCCCACUGAUUUUAUUUUCUGCUUAGCCGAAGAAAAACCAUGAGCACAUUCCUCGUUUCAAACGCGAGCAACGUUUUGCAGGCUGACUCCCUCGAGGACGGCGACAACCAGACGGCCGUAACCCAGUUUACCCAGCCGGGCUGGCAAAUCGCUCUGUGGGCUAUCACCUAUUCCUUCAUCAUUAUCACCUCCAUCGUCGGCAACAUCACCGUCACCUGGAUCAUCCUCGCGCACAGGAGGAUGAGGACUGCCACCAAUUACUUUAUCGUUAAUUUGGCUCUUUCGGAUUUGCUGAUGUCCGCUUUCAACACCAUCUUCAAUUUUAUUUACGCCAGUCACAACGUCUGGUAUUUUGGCAAGGAAUUCUGCAGGUUUCAGAACUGGUUCCCCAUCACCGCAAUGUUUGUGAGCAUUUACUCCAUGACAGCCGUGGCCGCCGAGAGGUAUGUGGCUAUAAUCCAUCCCUUCAAGCCCAGGCUUUCUGCUGGAAACACCAGAGUCAUCAUAGGAAUAAUCUGGCUGGUGGCAUUUGGGCUCGCCUUCCCGCAGUGCUUCUACGCCGAGAUCUUGACAGACAACGGAACGACGAAGUGCAUCGUCGUCUGGCCAGAUGACGUCGGAUCGAAGCACCAGCUCGCAUACCACAUUGCAGUGAUCGUGUUGAUUUACUUACUGCCUUUAAUGGUGAUGUUUGUUGCAUACAGCAUCAUAGGAAUUACUCUGUGGAGCAGUGCGGUUCCAGGCAACCACAUUAAUAGAGUCCGCUACGAACAUCAAGUCAAUGCCAAGAAAAAGUUUGUGAAGACCAUGGUGGUAGUUGUGAUCAUUUUCGCCGUCUGCUGGCUGCCCUAUCACAUAUACUUCAUCCUGGGGAGCUUCAAGGAAGACAUCUACCAGCAGAAGUACAUUCAGCAGGUGUACCUGGCGAUCUUUCUGCUUGCCAUGAGUUCAACGAUGUACAACCCCAUCAUAUACUGUUGCCUUAACCAGAGGUUUCGUUCAGGCUUCAAGCUAGCCUUCCGGUGGUGUCCGUGUAUAAAAGCAACUGAGAAAGACAAGCUUAGACUUACAUCCCCAUCCCUUUAUCAGUCGACACGCAGGAAGUCAAAGAAAUCAAGUUUCAACACAGAAACUCACUUCAAUGAGGAAGAGAAGACUUCAUUUACCCCCACCCAGCAAACGCUUUGAUUUCUUCUUCUGGUUCUGACUCUAUUAAAAUCACAAAACGGUUUGGGUUGGAAGGGACCUUAAAGCCCAUCUAACUCCAACCCCCUGCCACCAGCCCAGGCUGCUCAAAGCCCCAUCCAGCCUGGCCUUGAACACUUCCAGGGAUGGGGCAUAUUCUAAGACACCAUUUAAAGGCAGCAGGUUUGUAGAUGCCCUGAGGCAGGUCUGUUUCCUAGGGGACUUUUACAGGUGCCAUCAGCAUCAAAAGCACUCUGACAAUAAAACAAGACUUAUAUCCAUGUAGGUCCAAACAUCACCCAGCUCUGGAUACAAGUUCAGCCCUCCUUUAAACCCACACUGCAAUAUAGAAAAGACACGUUUUGCCCAUCAAGUCAAAACAGAAGCAAAACAGACCUCAGACAGCAUUCUACUCAUCAGUAGAAUAUCAAUUAUUCCCUUCCUGAUGGCGAGUUCCUGUUCUCUGUUCCACAGGACACUUCCAUCUGGAUAGGAGCUGAUGGAACAGAAAGGCUGGAGCUCAUCUGGCCCAAUCUAGAUGUACCCUUGGGGUGUGGGGACACCUAAUUCCUGUGGCUCAGCAGCCCUGAAGUGGACAAGGCCGUGGAGCAGAGCUCGUUUGCAACAAAGGCACCCAUGCUGAAAAGCCUGCCCUGAAACUUUUCUGAAUUCUGGGAUUUUCAGGCCUGCGAUUUCACCAGCGCCAUCCCUCAUCACUUGGAAGUGAGAAACAGCUCCCUAAAGAGUCAUCUUUGCAUGGAUUUCUACAAGCUUGUACCAAAACAUGACGCAAUUUUCCUGUUGAAGUGUGCUCAAGCGAUUCCUCCACCUGCACAGUUGUGGUAGCUCAUCGGGGGAGCGAGGCUCUCUGAAGAGCCAUAGGCAGCCUGGGUCAGAGGGGCUGCAAGCUCCUGUCACUGGGGAGGGUCCUCAAAAAUAGCUGUUGAGCAUAACUCCUCAGCCCCCUAGCUGAGCAGCCUGGUUUGCAGCACGACUGCUUACUUACAGGAGCGGAGGGCCGCGUGACACACUGGGGUGGUGCACGGCUGGUGGCAUCCCAGAGCUCUGCACUGCCGAAGCUGCCUGUACCCCAACUCCAGCAACCCCACCACGGUCCCCAGCACAGACAUUCCCUUCGUUCCCCUUUCCAGACUUACCCCAUCUUGUCAUCACUGUUCUUCUCCUCUCAGAUACUAAAAUAAAGGCUGAAAUAUGUCA